UCAUCUCGAAAGCUCUCCCACUCUGUACCCAUCUGUGUCCCUGCUGCUGUGAGGGGGCAGCGGUUACCGGGAAAUAAUUACACCCUAAACAUGGCGACCGGGGGAGCACCGAGACCGGCAGAGGAACCGGAGGAGGAGGAAGAGGAGGAGGAGGUGACUGAAGAGGAGGAGGAAGAGUACACGUUCCUGCCUUUGGUGCAUGACAUCAUUAAAUGCAUGGACAAAGAUAGCCAAGAUGUUUACCGGGAGCUCAACGAUCUCAAGAACAAAUUCCAAGCCAUGAGAAAGUUGGUCAACAACAUGCCGGGCAUCGAUCUGAACCCCGAGCAGCAGCAGCAGCAUCUCCAGAGCCUGUGGGAGCAGGUCCAGACCAAGAACGAACUGCUCCAGAAGUACAAGAGCCUCUGCAUGUUCGAGAUACCAAAGGAUUAGGCCGAGGCUGGCCCACGUGGGCUUCUCCAGCCGAGGUUAGACCGUACCUUCCGUGAGGUUCCACCAGCCUGACGCCAGAGACCUGCUGGUCCAAGUCAUGCCGACCACUCCAGAAACGUGGAGGUUCUGCAGGAGCUGCGAAGGGUUGAGGCACCCUUUGGAAGGCUGUUUUCUCCCAAAAGCGGACAGUGGUUGCUUAAGAACGUUCAAUGGCGGAGAAACGGCCUUCUGCAGCCUGCAAGUGACCUCCUGUCCCGUGGUGGUACUUCAUACCGAUUGAGAGAAAGCCGCUUGGUCGCCGGCCGCCGGCUGUCCCAAGAAUGACUGACUUUUGCCUUUUUUUUUGUAGGAAUUUCUAUUUGCUUUGUACCGUGAAACGUCUUUAUUUUGAACAUAAAAGUCUUACGCCCGGUGUUUUGUUAAUGUUUAUAUAGUCUAAUAACACGUUAAAUGUUUGUGUUUCGUUGAGCGCGUGACAUGGAUUUACUGUUAUCCUACAUGAUUGUAACCCUAGUGACCCGUGGUUAAAAAGUUCCACGGCGGGGCUAACGAGCGGGUGUUAACGCCAAUUAACGGUGAUUCAAGUGUGGGAGGUUUCAGCCUACAAAACGCCGCGAGUUGGCAAUCGGCCGUCUCUGCAUCAUCACGUUGGGCCAUCGGACUUUGGCCCGGUUCAGCUGGCGCUGGCAGAGGGCGUCACAUGAGUCUCUGGCGUUGCUGGUAUAUAGAGAUCCGUUGGUAUACAGAGGUU